CCUAGAGGGAUUUUUCUUCGUGGGAGCUGUGUGGAUGCGCAAGGAAUGCUGGUGAGUGCUAUGGCGGCGCAGGUAGUGAGCGUGCCGCUGCCGCCGCUAGCGCGAUCAUCCUCCUCUUCUUCAGCGCCCGCGGCUGGAAUCGGCAAUGGCGUCGACAAGGAUCUCCUCUCGCGGCAUUCCAGCAGCAGCGGUCUUAGGGUCCAGCGAUUAGGGCCUGGAGGAGAGCUCUCCAGGACGCGAUUUCGGCUGCUCAGGGCACCGGAGGCCGCAUCUGGCAGUGAUCUUGGGAGCUCUUGGAAUCCUUCUUCUAGCUCCUCCUCGUCCUCGAGCGCAUUGCCGUGGGAGAGUUCCAGCAAUAGCAGCACUAGCAGCGGUGGAAACUCCAGCUCUUCUAGUCUAUGGGGUCCCGGUGGGCUUUUUGGCUCUACCACGCCAGCUUCCAGCGCUGUGGUAGAUGUAGUUCCAUCUCCAGCAGGCACCGAUGGAGCGGCAAAGACCGAGAACACUGGUGGUGGAAUCGAUCCAAACCAGAAGAUUUACAGGGACGGAGAUGGCUGGCCUCAUCCUCUCAUGGAUCCCGAGUACAAAGUCUCGGACGAGCCAUUUGGCUGUGGAUCUUUCAAAGGUGGCAAAGGAGUCGGGAAAGUUUGGCCCAAUCCAAACUAUAAGCCCAAGCCUGGUGACAACUACGUGUGGUCGACUGGAGGCUCGUCUUUCAGCAAGUAUGGCAGUGGGAAAACUUGGCCGAAUCCAAACUACAAGCCCCCGGAAGAUGGCAAGGACAACUUUGUGACCUUCACCAAAGGCAGUGGAAAAGUGUGGCCGAAUCCAAACUACAAGCCAAAGCCCGGGGACAAGCCUUUCGUGAGCGGCACUGGCAAAGGAGGGACUGGAAAAGUGUGGCCGAACCCAAACUACAAGGGUGACGAUCCAAAGUACGUCUGGGGCGGCGGUGGCAAAGGCAGUGGCAAGACAUGGCCGAAUCCAAACUACAAAGGUCCUCCACCGAUCUACGAGACUCCCAAGGGGAAAGUAUGGCCGAAUCCAAACUACAAGGGUCCCCCAGUCGGUCCGGAGUUCGCAGGCAUUGGGAAGAAAGGUGGCAAAGUCUGGCCGAAUCCAAACUACAAGGGACCUCCGGUUGGUCCCGAGUUUGCUGGUGGGAGUCGAGCUAGCAGAAGAACUUGGCCGAAUCCAAAUGUUAAGCCGCUGCCUCCGGUGAAUCCUCCACCCGGUGGAUCUCCGUUUGGAGCGCCGGUUGGAGCACCAGUGGGAGCGGCUGUUGGAGCAGCACCGGCUGGAGCGAUGAAUGCUGGAAGUCCAGCUCCAGGAGGUGGCAGCUACAAUCCAGGAUUUAAUCCAAAUGCCGGAAGCGCUCCUGGCGGAUUCAACUCCAAUCCUGGGAGCGGUCCAGGGGGAUUCAACUCGGGUCCUGGCUCGAAUCCCGGAAACGGUCCAGGUGGUUUUAGUGCACAAGGUAGAAAUCCGGGGUGGUCUCCUAGUCCAGGAGGAAAUGCGGGUGGAGGCUAUGGAAGUAAUCCUGGCGGGUUUGGUGCUGGAAACUCUUCGACUGGAUUUAGCUCCGGGGGUAACAAUCCCGGAGGAUUCAACAAUCCGGGAAGCAACAGUGGUGGUCCAGGAAAUAGUCCAGGAGGAUUCAACACUCCGUCUGGAAGCAACAGUGGUGGUCCAGGCAAUAGUACGGGAGGCUUCAACAAUCCGGGAAGCAAUAGUGGUGGUCCAGGAAGCAGUCCAGGAGGAUUUAACAAUCCAAACCAGGGAGGUUUUAGCAAUCCUUCCUCGGGUGCCGGAGGUGGAGGUUUUAAUCCGGGAAGCGGAUAUAACACUGGGAACAACAAUGGAUACAACCCAGGCGGAGGAAGCAAUCCUGGAGGCUACAAUCCGGCACAGCAGCAGCCGCAGCAGCAACAACAACAACAAGGCCCUCCUGGAAAUCCAUGGUGAUAACUCAGCUAAGACAAAUCAUGUCUGAUGUGGUGCUCGAGAAGAUCAAAGAAUCCAGUGUUCUCCUUGCCAAUUCGUCGAUGAUUGCGAUUCGAAGCGAAGAGAUCAAGCUAUAGUAGAGGUGUAUGGCUUUCAGUAGUUUUACUUAAAAGACCAUGUAGCGAUAACUUUUGUUCUCUUAUAACCUCGAUCAAUCCAUUCUAUUUACAACCAA